UGACCACAGCCAGGAGCCACAUCCCACUGUCUGCUCAGCAUCCAUCCAUGGAGGUGACCACAGUGUCCCCCCCUGCCAAUUCACCCACUGAUAGACACGAUCUAUGUGAGACAGAUCCCAGCGAUGUGGCCAUACACAGUGUGACACUGCUCAUCUGCCUCUGUGGGCUGGCUGGGAACGGGGCUGUCAUCUGGGUCCUCGGGUUCCGCAUUCAGAGGGACACCAUGAAACCCAUCACUGCCUACAACCUUGACCUGGCCAUCAUCAACUUCCUCUUCCUCAUCUUCAUGGUCCCCUCCGCUCUGCUCUUCCUGCUGGAGGAUUUCUCCUGCUCUGCCAUCAUGUCCCCAGCAUACAUUCGCUUCCUUUUCCUCCUCUUCCGGAUGUUCUACAGCGUCGGGCUGUACCGGCUGACAGCCAUCAGCAUCGAGAGGUGCAGGUCCGUGCUCUGCCCACGUGGGCUCUUCUGCCACCUUCCCCAGGACCUGUCAUGGGUGGUGGUGAGUGCCGGGCUCUGGGCCCUUUCCAUCACUGUCAUUGCUGCCAUUUCUGCAGUGACUUCCCUGUGCGAGUCACAGGAAGGCAAGCUCUGCCGGGGGGCUCUCAUCUCCCUGUACAUCCUCAACUUCCUCAUCUUUGCUCCAUCCAUGGUUAUUUCCAGCACAAUCCUGUUCAUUCAUUUCAAGGGAAGCUCCCAGCAGCAGCGAUCCAAGAAUCUUGACAUCAUUGUCUUCCUCGCUGUGCUCCUCACUCUCCCCCUCAGUCUCUGGAAUUUCCUGCAGCAGCUCGGCUACACCGCUGUGUUCCCCCGGCUUCUUCUCCUCUUUGCCUGCAUGCACAGCAGCAUCGACCCCUUCAUCUACAUCUCAGUAACAAAGUGCUGGAGGCGCUGCUCCAUGGAGUCCCUCAGGGAGUGCCUGCAGGAGGUCUUUGAGGAGCCAGAAGAAAGCACUGCCCCCAGUAAUGAUGCCACCAGGGACACAGGGGUCUGAGUCUGCUGAGCCCUUCAACUGCCCCCAUGCAGGAACAUGGGGCAGUGAUUUAGCAUCA